GUUUAACGCAGACGCUGCUCUUCCCAUGGAAAAAUUCCACCGAUUUUCUCUCUACUUUUCUCUCUCUUCCCAUGAGAGAGGGGGAACCCAGUCGUAAAUUUACUCCACCAUGCCAUUGAAAUCCCUCAAUUCCUUUGUCAUCACCCUGAUGUUGGGUUUCGCAGUUCUCAUCUUCUUCUCUGGCUUCCUCCAAUUCCCAUCUGCCUCCACUUCGAUCCCAUCCGCUAAUGAUUUGAUUCUGUACUCUAAUUCUACACCAGACCCAUUUAGGGUUUUGCUGGGUGCUUUCAAGAGAUGGGACUCUCAGGUGGGUUGUUCUCAGUUUAGAGAAAAACACAAAGAGUUUCUGAGAAGUGGGUCAUCGUCUUCGUCCUCUUUGCAAGAGGUAGAUGGUGAAGUGGAUUGUAAGGAGUUGAAGAUGAGCCAUGUUAGUGUUUUGGUUAAAGGGUGGACUUGGAUUCCUGAUAAUUUGGAUAAUUUGUAUUCUUGUCGGUGUGGGUUGAGCUGUUUAUGGACCAAAUCUUCGGUUCUUGCUGAUAAGCCUGAUGCUUUGUUCUUCGAGACAACAACACCUCCACUUCAGAGACGCAAUGGAGAUCCACUUCGUGUAUACAUGGAUCUUGAGGCUGGCAGGAAGCGAUCAAAUGUUGAGGAUAUUUUUAUUAGUUAUCAUGCCAAAGAUGAUGUUCAGUCAACUUAUGCUGGUGCCCUCUUUCAUAAUAAUCGAAAUUAUCAUUUAUCUUCUUAUAAGAACAAUGAUACUCUUGUUUAUUGGUCUUCAUCACGGUGUCUUGCUCAAAGAAACCAGCUUGCCAAGAGUCUCCUCAGCUUGUUGCCUCACCAUUCAUUUGGCAAGUGCUUGAAUAACGUUGGAGGCCUAGACAAGGCACUCUCUCUCUAUCCAGAUUGCAUGAAGGAUGCCCGUUCGGCUCCAAAAUGGUGGGACCAUUUACAUUGUGCCAUGUCUCACUACAAGUUUGUCCUUGCAAUAGAGAACACUAUGACAGAGAGUUAUGUGACAGAGAAGCUAUUUUAUGCCCUAGACUCUGGAGCAGUCCCAAUCUACUUUGGUGCUCCCAAUGUUUGGGACUUUGUACCUCCACAUUCAAUCAUAGAUGGUACUAAAUUCAGCUCAAUGGAGGAGCUGGCUUCUUACGUGAAGGCCCUUGCCAUGGACCCUGUAGCGUAUGCAGAAUACCAUGCAUGGAGAAGAUGUGGUGUUCUUGGUAACUAUGGAAAGACACGGGCAGUGAGCCUAGACACGUUACCGUGCCGUCUAUGUGAGGCUGUGAGUAGGAAAGGUGGGAGAAAUGCAAGAGCCUUCUGAAGAAUCUGAACCUUUGCAUUAUUUUAUUUAUACUCAUUUGGAAAACGUGUUGCUGGUGAUCAUACUGGUUUCGGGAGGGUUUUUUUUUUUUUUUUUUCUGGGCCUUACUAAUCGUUGGUGUACAUGAGUAGAUUGACUUCUUGUAGAUAGACUCGAGCACAAGCACAAAUCAUUCGGUUGAGAAAUCUUGGGGAUCAGUUUUUCCAAGAACAAAUGGUUCAAUUGAUUAUUGUUCUCCUUCCUUCAGAAAAUAAUAAUAAUAAUAGAAAUCUGUCUGUAUUUCUGUUUCUCCAA